GAAGCUUGGAGUAAGAACUGUCGUAGACAUAGUAGAGAACCAAUUGGUUACCGAUAUCAAUCCUCGCAUAUUUAACUUUUCCACAGAGGAAUCCUUUACAAAAUUUGUCAGAAUGAACAUCUCGUAUUUGGUGGCUUGUGGACUUAUGAUCACCCUGCUUUCAGUGAGGUCAGGGGCGAAGCCUCUCACAGCAGCGCAGCAGAAGUCUCUUAGAAAUUUGCUAGGCGAGGAGCUGUCAGAGUUCCUUGCAUCCGGCGAGAGAGAGCGGAGGCUGGACACCGUGCGCUCCCGGGUUCGCUUGCUUCGAGACCUACGUAUGGACACUCGUGCUAAGGGCAUGUGGGCACGCCUGCUGAACGACCAGCCCAACGCCAGGAGACACAAACAGAACUCCAAGAAAGGCACGGUUCCCAGAAGCGGCUGCUUCGGACAGAAAUUGGACAGGAUAGGGACUCUCAGCGGCAUGGGAUGUAAUUGAUGACGCAUCGCGACGUGCUGAGCGUUUAAGACGAUGGGUUUGGGACAACUUGGAUUCAGUUGAUCCUCCGGUGAGGAAAAAACCUAAAAAAGAGAGGACGGAUUUUCGGUACGAAAAGCCACCAUGACCAGCUUAUUCGAGAACUGAGACAGCAAUGAAUAAACAUACCCGUAUGUACAACAUGAAGACCAAAACACACUACAAGAUGGCGGACAUUGGAAACCACAAGGCUGUAUAUUGUCGCUGCUGCUGUACAUUCAUGUACUUUCAUUCCUGCAUAUAUGUAUUUAUGUUUAAAAACUAUUUAUAUGUUUAUAAAACAGAGAUAUUUAUAAAUAUGAGUUUUAUUUAUGUAACAUUUUAAAAUGGAUGCAAACUGCAGGUCAAUUCCGUUUGUAACCUUGUUUUGUCCUUAAUAGUUGUAAAUGUUUUCAAAAUGAUUAAAAAAAAACCUUCAAUGC